AUGUCAAACACACUCCACAGUGUAAUUGAGCUGUUUUCCGUAGAAUUAUGGCGAGAACUCUUUGAAUAUUUCAAUUCAAUUGAAUUAUGGUAUUCAUUUCGUGGUUUAAAUAGAAAAAUUGAUGCAAUUCUUGAUCAAACAAUGUUACAUUUAAAUUUUAAAAAACAAGGCAAUUAUGGUUACUUUAUGAAAAAGAUUUUACCAUCAAUGAAUGUUGGUAAUGUUCGAUCAUUAAAAUUAAAAAAUGCUAAUGAAAUACAACAUUUUUUCUCUAUCUAUUCUCUUAAUUCAUUGAUUCAACUUCGUUUACUAUCAUUAGAUUUUAUGUAUUCUUUUAAUGAUAAUUUGUUUAGAUUCUGGAAUCAACUUUCAUCUUUGAGACAUCUACGAUUAUUGAAAAUUAUGUUCUGGGGCAGUUGUUCCGGGCCAAAUAAUUGUCUUGACGAAAAGGAACAUAUUAUUCGUUUGAUAUUUAAUAAAGAUUAUUGUCCCUUACUAAAAUAUUUCAAAAUCGAUACUUGUGGUUUGCAAAGAGGGAUGCCCACAAUUCCUUCGCUAAUUACAACAACUAAAACAACAAAUAUUAAAUAUCUGUGGAUUGACUCGUUGACUGUUAAUGAUUUGAUUAGAUUACUCCCUGCUAUACAAAAUGUUAAAUCAUUUCAUAUAGAUUAUCACUUAUGUACUGAUAAUGAACCUAAAGAACGGCAACAGAAAAUGACAAUUAUAAUGCCUUUGAUGCCUAAAUGUAUUCGACUACAUCUAAAGUUAUCACAGGAUAUAACAUUUGAACAUGUUGAAUAUUUAUUAAAGCAUACACCGAACUUAAAGGAUUUAUUUUUGUGGGGUUGGUAUCAUUUACUUGAUGCAAACAAAUGGGAAUUGUUAUUAUCAGUGCAAUGUCCGAAAUUGAUAAAACUUGAAUUAAUAUGUACUGGUCCCAUUUAUAAUAAUAAUUUUGAUCAAGCAUCAGAUGAUUUUGAACAAAAAUGUAAAAUAACACCGUUUUGGCUUGAACGAAAUGUUACAAUUACAGAUGAUGAAGAUUUUUCGGCGCAUGAUUAUCGUUGUGACACUAUAGUUCGAUUUAAUAUUAAAAAAGUGAGUUUAAUACAGGAUUUUCUGUUUUGUAACAUAAAAAAGAGCAGUUUUAAACAUGAACAAUUUAUAUGA